UAGUACUCCAUCUUCAAAAUCUACUUUGACCAAGUGGAAUACCUUCACAACAAAAUAAAGCAAUCACUUUUGAUGAAUUUUGCUACAGUUGCACACAUGAUUCUUCAUGCUCUAAUGGUUUAAGCACAACAGACUGAAACGUAUUCUCACACCAUCCCUGACCAAAGGAUUGGCAGCAGAAAAAUGUUCAGGGGUUACUGAGGGGCAGCCGCCUUGACCCUGACCCAUGUGCCCAGCCCCUGCCUAGACAUAGGGUUAAGUCAUAAAUUAGUUAGGUCUAUAAAUGUUCUUAUUCAGUAUUAGGUUCUCUACUACAUGCUCAUUCUCCAGUAAGUUAACUUUUUCAAAUCACAUUUGCUUGCUUCAGGUACUAAAAUUACAUGGCAUGACUAACUGCAUACUUGAUUGUAGCCCUCCUUCUUUGUUGCGAUGUAACAAAAAUCCUGGAUUCUUAAGGGUCUUCUCUCUUCUUUUUUUGGGGAAUGUAAAGUCCUUUAAACUCUUUGGAUUUCUCGAUGUUAAAAAUAUCCCAUGUGCACGAGAAUCAGUGCUCUAUGGCUCCUUGGGGGCCUUAGUUAUGGGUCUUGGACAUUUUUUAGCAACUAGUAGAGUUAAAAGAUCUUGUGAUGUUGCAGUUGGUAGCUAUAUUUGCACAAUGUUAGGAUACUGGUUUUACUGCAGGUUCAACUUGGCCCAGCAAAGGAUCCGACAAAGAAUGCUUAAAGAAGGAAUGAAAAACAGAAUUUUAUUUGAAGGCAGUUAUCUUGAUCCAGAAAAGAAACAAAGUGGCAGUGAAAGAAGCGAUUCAUAGGUUGCUCCGGAAGAGUUGUGGUUUAAUACAUCUUUGGGAAAAGGUGGUCCAGAAAAAAGUCAGUCUACACUGCAAGCCUGUGAGGUGUCUAAAACUGGUAAAUCAUGGUUUUCCUAGCAAAUCUGAGCAGGAAAUUCAUAGUGAAUCUGUUAAGUCGGUACAAGCCUUGCUUUGUUUCAUGUAUGUAUGUAUGUGACUGCAGACAUUUGGAAUGACGUCCUGUCAAACAUCUGGGAGCUGCUGUGUUCUCUUCAGGGUCUCAGAGGAUUAACAACAGUGAUUUGGGACUGCUUUAACUUCCAUUAUAAACAGAGCCUGGUUUGUUUUAGCAAAGUUGUAAUUACAUCUCAUUCAAAUACAGGAAAAUAUUUCCAUCACCUGUUGAGCCUUCAGUGCUAUUAUUAACAGUGCUGUUUGUGAAACAGGAGUGUUUGAACAGGAGGAGAAGGCUUUGCUUGUGCAAAGUGGAUGAUAGUCAGCAGCCUUUGUAAGAUUUCAGCUGCAGGAUAACCAGAUAACUUACAUACAUUGUGGAGCUGAAGGAUUUCCAUCUUUGUUGUGUUUGAAACUAGGAAUAAAAUCAUACUUCAGAGCAGUCUAAA